AGGGGCGGGGGGCCUGGCCCCGGGGCGGUGGUGCGGGAUGCCGCCGCCGCCGGCGGGCUGCUUUCGCUCUCCGCGGCUGGUGCUGGUGUCGGGUGGGUGGCCGGGUGCGGGCCUCGCCCCCCAGCCGCCUCGCCAGGGCUAGCCCGGCCGCGCGGCGCCGGGAGGGGGCCGGGCCGUCCGGAGGAGCCCCGGCCCUAUUCCGCGCUGCGAGCUCCCGCCCCUCUCCCCGCCCAGAGGCGCCCUGGGGGCACCAUGCAGGCGCAGCAGCUGCCCUACGAGUUUUUCAGCGAGGAGAACGCGCCCAAGUGGCGGGGGCUGCUGGUGCCUGCGCUGAAAAAGGUCCAGGGACAAGUUCAUCCGACUCUUGAGUCUAAUGAUGAUGCUCUCCAGUAUGUUGAAGAAUUAAUCUUGCAGUUAUUAAAUAUGCUAUGCCAAGCUCAGCCCCGAAGUGCUUCAGAUGUAGAGGAACGUGUUCAAAAAAGUUUCCCUCAUCCAAUUGAUAAAUGGGCAAUAGCUGAUGCUCAAUCAGCUAUAGAAAAGAGGAAGCGAAGAAACCCUUUAUCUCUCCCAGUAGAAAAAAUUCAUCCUUUAUUAAAGGAGGUCCUAGGUUAUAAAAUUGACCAUCAGGUUUCUGUUUACAUAGUAGCAGUAUUAGAAUACAUUUCUGCAGACAUUUUAAAGCUGGUGGGGAAUUAUGUAAGAAACAUACGGCAUUAUGAAAUUACAAAACAAGAUAUUAAAGUGGCAAUGUGUGCUGAUAAGGUAUUGAUGGAUAUGUUUCAUCAAGAUGUAGAAGAUAUAAAUGUAUUAUCUUUAACUGAUGAAGAGCCUUCCACUUCAGGAGAACAAACUUACUAUGAUUUGGUAAAAGCAUUUAUGGCAGAAAUUCGACAAUAUAUAAGGGAACUAAAUCUAAUUAUAAAAGUUUUUAGAGAGCCCUUUGUCUCCAAUUCCAAAUUGUUUUCAGCUAAUGAUGUAGAAAAUAUAUUUAGCCGUAUAGUAGAUAUACAUGAACUUAGUGUAAAGUUACUGGGCCAUAUAGAAGACACUGUAGAAAUGACAGAUGAAGGCAGUCCCCAUCCUUUAGUAGGAAGCUGCUUUGAAGACUUGGCAGAGGAACUGGCAUUUGAUCCAUACGAAUCAUAUGCUCGAGAUAUUUUACGGCCUGGUUUUCAUGAUCGUUUCCUUAGUCAGUUAUCAAAGCCUGGGGCAGCACUUUAUUUGCAGUCAAUAGGCGAAGGUUUCAAAGAAGCUGUUCAAUAUGUUUUACCCAGGCUACUUCUAGCCCCUGUUUACCACUGUCUACAUUACUUUGAACUUCUGAAGCAGUUAGAAGAAAAGAGUGAAGAUCAAGAAGACAAAGAAUGUUUGAAACAAGCAAUAACAGCUUUGCUUAAUGUUCAAAGUGGUAUGGAAAAAAUAUGUUCUAAAAGUCUUGCAAAACGAAGGCUGAGUGAAUCUGCAUGUCGGUUUUAUAGUCAGCAAAUGAAGGGAAAACAACUAGCAAUCAAGAAAAUGAACGAGAUUCAGAAGAAUAUUGAUGGUUGGGAGGGAAAAGACAUCGGACAGUGUUGCAAUGAGUUUAUAAUGGAAGGAACUCUUACACGUGUAGGAGCCAAACAUGAGAGACACAUAUUUCUCUUUGAUGGUUUAAUGAUUUGCUGUAAAUCAAAUCAUGGGCAGCCAAGACUUCCUGGUGCUAGCAAUGCAGAAUAUCGUCUGAAAGAAAAGUUUUUUAUGCGAAAGGUACAAAUUAAUGAUAAAGAUGACACCAGUGAAUACAAGCAUGCUUUUGAAAUAAUUCUAAAAGAUGAAAAUAGUGUUAUAUUUUCUGCCAAGUCAGCUGAAGAGAAAAACAAUUGGAUGGCAGCAUUGAUAUCUUUGCAGUACCGGAGUACACUGGAAAGGAUGCUUGAUGUAACAAUGCUACAAGAAGAGAAGGAAGAGCAGAUGAGGCUGCCUAGCGCUGAUGUGUAUAGAUUUGCAGAGCCUGACUCUGAAGAGAAUAUUAUAUUUGAAGAGAACAUGCAACCUAAGGCUGGAAUUCCAAUUAUUAAAGCAGGAACUGUUAUUAAACUUAUAGAGAGACUUACAUACCAUAUGUAUGCAGAUCCCAAUUUUGUUCGGACAUUUCUUACAACAUACAGAUCCUUUUGCAAACCUCAAGAACUACUGAGUCUUAUAAUAGAAAGGUUUGAAAUUCCAGAGCCUGAGCCAACAGAAGCUGAUCGUAUAGCUAUAGAGAAUGGAGAUCAACCCUUGAGUGCAGAACUAAAAAGAUUUAGAAAAGAAUAUAUACAGCCUGUACAACUACGAGUGUUAAAUGUAUGUCGGCACUGGGUAGAGCACCACUUUUAUGAUUUUGAAAGAGAUGCAGAUCUUUUACAACGAAUGGAGGAAUUUAUUGGAACAGUAAGAGGUAAAGCAAUGAAAAAAUGGGUUGAAUCCAUCACUAAAAUAAUCCAAAGGAAAAAAAUUGCAAGAGACAAUGGGCCAGGUCACAAUAUUACAUUUCAGAGUUCACCUCCCACAGUUGAGUGGCAUAUAAGCAGACCCGGGCACAUAGAGACUUUUGACCUGCUCACCUUACACCCAAUAGAAAUUGCUCGACAACUCACUUUACUUGAAUCAGAUUUAUACCGAGCUGUACAGCCAUCAGAAUUAGUUGGAAGUGUGUGGACAAAAGAAGACAAAGAAAUUAAUUCUCCCAAUCUUUUGAAAAUGAUCCGACAUACCACUAAUCUCACUCUAUGGUUUGAGAAAUGUAUUGUAGAAACUGAAAAUUUAGAAGAAAGAGUAGCUGUGGUGAGUCGAAUAAUUGAGAUUCUCCAAGUCUUUCAAGAACUGAAUAACUUCAAUGGUGUCCUUGAGGUUGUCAGUGCUAUGAACUCAUCACCUGUUUACAGACUAGACCACACAUUUGAGCAAAUACCAAGUCGCCAAAAGAAAAUUUUAGAAGAAGCUCAUGAAUUGAGUGAAGAUCACUAUAAGAAAUAUUUGGCAAAACUCAGGUCUAUUAAUCCACCAUGUGUGCCUUUCUUUGGAAUUUAUCUCACUAAUAUCUUGAAAACAGAAGAAGGCAACCCUGAGGUCCUAAAAAGACAUGGAAAAGAACUUAUAAACUUUAGCAAAAGAAGGAAAGUAGCAGAAAUAACAGGAGAGAUCCAGCAGUACCAAAAUCAGCCUUAUUGUUUACGAGUAGAAUCAGAUAUCAAAAGAUUCUUUGAAAACUUGAAUCCAAUGGGAAAUAGCAUGGAGAAAGAAUUUACUGAUUAUCUCUUCAACAAAUCCCUAGAGAUAGAACCACGGAACCCUAAGCCUCUUCCAAGAUUUCCAAAAAAAUACAGCUACCCCCUAAAAUCUCCUGGUGUUCGUCCAUCAAACCCAAGACCAGGUACCAUGAGGCAUCCCACACCUCUACAGCAGGAGCCAAGAAAAAUCAGUUAUAGCAGGAUCCCUGAAAGUGAAACAGAAAGUACAGCAUCUGCACCAAAUUCUCCAAGAACACCACUAACACCUCCUCCUGCUUCUGGUGCUUCCAGUACCACAGAUGUUUGCAGCGUGUUUGAUUCUGAACAUUCGAGCCCUUUUCAUUCAAGCAGCGAUACCGUCUUUAUCCAAGUUACACUGCCCCAUGGCCCAAGAUCUGCUUCAGUGUCAUCUAUAAGUUUAACCAAGGGCACUGAUGAAGUGCCCAUCCCCCCUCCUGUUCCUCCACGAAGACGACCAGAAUCUGCCCCAGCAGAAUCUUCGCCAUCUAAGAUUAUGUCUAAGCACUUGGACAGUCCCCCAGCCAUUCCUCCUAGGCAACCCACAUCAAAAGCCUAUUCACCUCGAUAUUCAAUAUCAGACCGUACCUCUGUGUCAGACCCUCCAGAAAGCCCUCCUUUAUUACCGCCACGAGAACCUGUGAGGACACCUGAUGUUUUCUCAAGCUCACCACUACAUCUUCAGCCUCCCCCUUUGGGCAAAAAGAGUGACCAUGGCAAUGCCUUCUUCCCAAACAGCCCUUCUCCUUUUACACCACCACCUCCUCCUCAAACCCCUUCUCCUCACGGCACAAGAAGGCAUCUGCCAUCACCACCAUUGACACAAGAUGUGGACCUCCAUUCCAUUGCUGGGCCACCUGUUCCUCCACGACAAAGCACUUCUCAACAUAUCCCUAAACUCCCUCCAAAAACUUAUAAAAGGGAGCAUACACACCCAUCCAUGCACAGAGAUGGACCACCACUGUUGGAGAAUGCCCAUUCUUCCUGAGUUUCUCUAUACUGGGAUGUACAGUUUCUUAGCCCCAAAUCCAUUGCUGGCAAUGGAUGCACUGAAGGUGCCAGCACUGAGGAGUUAAAAUGAGAACUCCAAACACUAAUGACUCUACUUCAAGAUGCAGUAUAAGACAGUUUUAACCUAGACAUAAUUAUAAAACAAAAUGGUAUUCCAGUUUAGAAUAUGGAAGGACCGAAUGAGAGAAACUGGACAAUUGAUUGCACCUGAAAAUUGAGUGAAGGGACUUUUCCCAGCAUGAGUCCUCACUUUGUGAAGUGAUCUUUAUCAUUAAAGGGAUGGAAAAAACAGCCUAGUGUCCAGCAGGCCCACAAGAUGACAGUUUUUGUAAUUCAAAAUGUUAUGCACUUUUAAAAAAAAAAUCUUAAACAGGGAUCUUACUAUCCUCCUUUGUUUUCCUUUGCUUUACUAUUCUACUUUAGAAUAUUUUCUUAGAAAUCAUUCAAAGGACUGUGAGGAAAGGCUGUGGUACCUGACCUUGUUGAAAUCAAGGCCCAGCACUGUACCACAGUCCUGUUUACAGAUUAUUACAGUGAAAUGAAUGGGUACCGAGGCUUCACCAAAGAGGUACUUUUUUUUUGUUGUUGUUGUUUUAAGAAUAAUUAUUCCAAUUUUAAGAACAUUCCCCACCUCCCCUCCACAUACACAUACACACACACACACACACACACACACACAAUGUGGUGGUGUUGCCUUGAAACAUGAGAAGUUUUGUCAUUAACAUGACAGAAGAACUUUUUUUAAAAUGUAACUGUCAAGAGUACUAUUUACAGUUAGGAGACUGUUAAUCUAUGCUAGAUUGUCAUUCCCCCACCCAUCCCCCACAAAAGUUUACUGGUAAUCCAUUUCCUGGCUCGUGGCUGUCCCUCUAAUCAUAACUGUGGAAAUGCAGGCACUCAAUGUGAAAUGGAGCACUUGCUGGGCAUCACUGACACCAUUCAUGUUUUACUAAUAGUCGAGUAAUCAGCAUACCUAGAAUUACCUUGCAUUGCCUAAAUCGUGUGUAUAUAGUGAAUGUUAUAUAAUAUACCUGGCAGGUCUGUUUUAAUUUAAUUGAAUAAAGAUACAAAUACUUUGUUUGGCUGGCAUAUAUUAAAUUAUUAUAUGGAGAAAAUGGUCGAUUCUUAUUUCUUUCAGUUGAAACACACAUGAACACUAAGCAUAAAAGCAAGUAUUGUGGUACGUCUUGGUUUCAAGUUCUGGAUAUAUGUAUUGAUCUUAAAGAAUGACCUAAAGUUGCAGUUUGGCAUGUAGGAAAAUAUUUGGUUAGAAUAGAAUGAAUAUCUUUUAAGCAGAACUUUGGUAGGUUUUUAAAUUUCCUAAACAACAUGUAUACAGUUUGUUAAGGUUUAUAUUGAACAUUCUGGCUUGCUUGAGGUCUUCUGCUUUGUCUGAACUAUUCAUAAUAGAACAUCUACCUGCACCAUUACUAUGGAUUAUUCAUUAAGCAUAUGUACUGCUCUUCUGAGUCCAAUACUUGACUGAAAUGCAUGCAACUGUUUGAAGAGAAAAAGUUUUUAUUUAUUAAUCUCCACUAUAAGGUCUAUGAGAUGUGCAGUAUUCCAUCCUUAGAGACAUCGGUUCAUCAGUAUCUGCAUGUGUCCUCUGAAUAAUGAAGCAGCAUUUCAGCAGUUCUGUUAACCACACCAUUAGACAUUUUUAAGAAAUGCUACACCCCAGUGGAAAUCUAGUACUUUAAUAAUUUCCUGUGAUAUUUAUUAGAGCAUAAAACAUAUGUCAUGAUAGUACAGUAUAUAGUCCUUUAAGACCAGAAAGUAUGUUAAUUGCAUCACCAUUAAGCAGUCCAUCCAGUCAUGUCCUUUCUUAUUUAUUUGAAAGGGUUGAAUCUUUUUGGUUAAUAUCUGUACCAUUUCCAUUAUGGUAGCCAUUUUUCUCUUUGCAAAAUGUUUCCUCUUUUAAAUGUCUUAAAAAUUAACUUCAUAUUCCCUCUUGGAUGCAAAGUGUCCAUAAAACCAUUAAUUCAACAAAUCUUUACCUAAGCCUACUUACUAGUGCUGCUAUAAUUAAUUGUGAUACACAUUCCAGAAUCUAUGAGUUUUUAUUGGGCCAGCCUAAUUGUCCUUAGGAUUUCCAUUUUUGUGGCUUAUUGGUCACUUCUCUUUUUAGUUAUCCUAUGUAUAUUCCAAAUGAGAACCGGAGAAAAGUCACAGUAGAACCCAUUCAUAUCUCCCUGGCCAGUGUGUUAACCUCUAAUAACAUGAAUGGCCCCUUUUUGACCUGCCCGAUGCUACAAAAAGAAAAAACUCAGAUUUGAAGUUCUAAUCAUAUUUCUCCCCAAAGGAGACCACUUCACUGUGCAACAGUUUUAUAUGCAUUGUGGAUAGAGGAUAUUUUUAUUCUGAAAUAUAACAUUUGAGUAAAAAUAUUUUCUGCAGUGGUAACUGAUUAGAAAAAUUCCAAUUGGAUGCCCUUAGGUGUACAUGAGAAAACUGUAUCCUUACCACCUUAUGUGAAACAUUAACUAGCUGACAAAUUUAUCCUUAAUAGUAACUAAAACAUACUUAAUCAGGGACAAGAAGUGGCGGAAGAAGAUAAAUGCAUCACAAAAUUCUACUUUUAAAAAUGCAAGACAUUACAAGGCAGUCAAUGCAGCAUGACAUUUUGUUAACCAUGUUCCAAAAUGUGGAAAAUUUCUUUUAGAAGUAGAAAUAUUCCUAAGUGUUUUGUUAUUUGGGGAAUCACAAAAUGAAGGGAAUAGAUCAAGGCUGAAUUUACUUAGUAGGCUCAAAACCAGUAUAAUAGGAAGGGAAGCUUCUUACAUCUAAGCACAGGAAUGAAUUAAAAGUAUAUCUUUCUAAAUUUAUUGAAAGACAGGUUAUUUAUUCUUCCCAGUUCUCAAAAUGUACUUUUAAGACUACAAAUGAUCAGGAAAUAUACAAACAUUGAAGUUUGUUUGACUUAAGUUUGCUUAAUUAAAGAUUGUCAGACAUCAAAUAAUGUGUUUAGUAGGUUACUGUUCUCUUAACUCAAGGAUAUUUUAAUGGAUCUGAGUUGAGAAAAGAGCAAGCCACCUAACAAUCAAAUAAACAGUCAAGUACUGUUUCAGUUGAGAGUUAUAUUAUGGUUAUGAAUUCUUCCUUAACGUUGUUUUCUUCAUAAGCCAAAAUUACCUUAUACAAACCAAAAAUUAAUUGGUAUUAUGAACGUGAUCUUGUCAUAAUUCUCAAGUCUAGCUUCAAUAUUUUAUUUCAUAGUUUUUGAAUAUGACAAUUUAAAUUGCUUUUUUAGCACUCAGCAAAACAAAGGGGGGGGGAGUUGUCCUGAUUAAUUACUGCUGUACAUAUUGAAAACCUUUUUUCCUUCAGAUUCAGAAACAAUUUAACAGUUAAUUUCUUGGUAUUCUGCUGCUGUGGAUAGGUUUACUUACUGUUUUCAACUAUAUUGUGUGACUGUUGUACAAGUGUGUAGGUCCUGUUGUAUUGCACAUUAAUCUUUACCAGUAAAAAAACAUCACAAGGUUCAUAUCAGUUUGGCUGAGAGAAUUAAGCAGUAAAAUUAUUUAUAAGGGAAAAUGAUGACUUUAUUUGACAUUUUUUCUCUUGAAACAUCUCAUUACUAACUUUUUAAAAAUCAUUUCCUAAUCCUUUAUACAUGAGCCAGUGAAAUAUGCUGAGCUCUAGUUAAGAAGCAUGAAGUCUACAUAACAGAUCUAAAGAACAAAAGCACUUAUAACUUCUUUUGUAAAUUUCAUGCCUUAUUUCCCAUUUUUGACACCGUAAAGUGCAUUUUUUUGUCAACUGUGAGCAAAUUUCCCUUUUGCCUUUAAUGAAAAUAGUGCAUUAAGUAGCCAAUUGCUGCAAAAUUUUAAAGCAAGUUAGCUAAAGGUGGGUCACGUUGGAUUACCACUCAAAGAGUCAAGAUGCGAAAGAGAUGGAAGUUACAUGUGGUGUGGCUUAGAGCGCACCUAUGCCAGAUGCAUGCCACUUUCAGUAGCUGCCAAAUGUGCCUUUAAUUAAGAACAUCUCUAAUUUUUUUCUUCAGAUCAAGUCAGCAUUUGGGGGUGGGAUUAGGGCAGGGGUCUUUGGGGUACAAAUAUCUGGUGAACCAACCAGAGAAUUUGUUUGUCAAAGUGACAUGUAUAAUUUUAGUUGAGAUGUGUCUGUGUAUAUAUAUGUGUAUUUACCUUUGUUUAGUAGCACGGUUAUUUGCUAAAAUAAUUGUCAAAAAUGCUCUGUCAGUCUUACUAUGAUGUAAGAACAAAGUGUGGUCUAUAUAUCUAAUAUGGCCUUUGUACCUAACUAUGUUCGUAGGUAAUCUUUGUACUCUUGUGUGCAGCAGUAUUUGGUUUGCGUUUAAAGUGAAAAUAAUGGCUGUUAUUUUUCUGGCAUUACUAAGAUAAACCGAAAAAUAAUAAAGAAAAAUGCCUUACAUAGCCCA